UUUACAUUCCAAAUAUCCGACAAAUAAGUUUAAGUUGUGUGAGAGUCUUUCCUGUUCGAAAUGGCUGGUGGAAUGAACUUAUUCGGGAUUUUCAUGCUUCAAUUAAUGGCCGUAGCACUGUUUUCUUUACAUGCAGAAGGCCAAGGGUUGAAAGUAGGGUUCUAUAAGAAAUCAUGCCCUCAAGCCGAGGUGAUAGUAUCUAAGGUUAUCAGCGAUGUUAUGGCUGUAGCACCAUCUCUAUCUGGCCCACUUUUGAGAAUGCACUUCCACGAUUGCUUCAUUAGGGGUUGUGAUGGAUCUGUGCUGCUGGAUUCUCCAACGAAUCAGUCCGAGAAAUUUUCACCACCAAAUCUAAGCUUAAGAGGGUUCAACAUUAUCGAUAGGGUGAAGCUGGCGUUAGAAAAGGCCUGCCCAGAUGUGGUUUCAUGUGCUGACAUUGUUGCAUUAGUUGCCAGAGACGUUACAGUGGCGACUAAGGGACCAUAUUGGGAGGUUGAAACAGGCCGAAGAGAUGGAAAUGUGUCUUUAUUCAUUGAUCCCAUAACCCCAGUGACAGGCUUACCAUCAUUUGCCUCAAACAUCAGUGUUUUGAAACAAUCGUGGGCAUUAAGGGGCCUAAACACAAAAGACCUUGUUGUUCUCUCAGGAGGGCACACCAUAGGGAUAUCUCAUUGUUCGUCAUUUGAUAGCCGGCUCUACAACUUUACCGGUAAAGGUGAUACAGACCCCACCAUGGACCCUAACUACAUUGCAAGAUUGAAGUUAAAGUGCAAGCCAAACGAUCUAACCACUUUUGCUGAGUUAGACCCAGGAAGCUUCAAGACAUUCGAUGACUCCUAUUUCAAAUUAGUGACAAAGAGGAGGGGACUUCUUCAAUCCGAUGCAGCCUUACUCGAUGACCCAGAGACUAGAGCUUACAUGAUUCAAGCUACUAGCGAGGGUUCCACAUUCUUCAAGGACUUUGGUGUCUCUAUGGUUAACAUGGGCAGGACUGGGGUCCUUACCGGUUCUCAAGGUGAAGUUCGGAAAGUGUGCACCAAAAGUAACUAGUCCUGAUUUCAUACUAAACCAAAAUAAUACCUAAAAAUAUGUUGGCCGAUAUACGUUUGCAUGUUGAUUUAAUCUCAUGCAUAAGAUUGAUUAGUGAAUAACAGACAUUCAUCAAAGGGUACUGUGCUACGAGUUUGAUUCCGUACACGUGAUUUUCCCGGUAUGCCAUUCUAUAUAGACAAGAGUUCUUGUCACUAUGUAUUCAAUUAAAUUUUUCAAUGUUUUUUACAUUAUUUUAAGUGUAUUAUUCUUGAUUUGUUGCUUUUUAAAUGAAAGACAUCCAUCAAAGAGUGUAUUACCCUAA